UUGUCUCUGACUAGAUUUCUUUAUUCAAAAAGAGCUUCAUUUUCAUUUUUAUCAUCUACUGCUUUUUGUUUUCUCUGUUGCACAAUUUUCUAAUAGUUAUGUCUCAUAUGACACAAAUGUAUGUAUGUAACCCCAUUUUCUGACCCACUCACUCACUCAAACAUCACAAGUUUCUUGUCUGAAAGAAUCCAAUAAACAACAUAUCUUCAAGGUGUCAGUCAGUCACUCUCCUUCACAAAACGAACUAUCAAAACACAUUCGUUCAAAUCUAAAGAAAACCAGUACUUCUCACUGAAUUACCAUGGAAAGAUUCAAGAAACCCAAAUCAUUUUCUUUGUACCUGUUCUUCACUUUCCUGUUGGUUUCUCAUUCCUAUGUUUUUGCAGCUCAGCAACCCAUAAAAACUAUUGUUGUACUUGUACUGGAGAAUAGAUCUUUUGAUCAUAUGUUAGGAUGGAUGAAGAAUUCCAUCAACCCAUCAAUUAAUGGAGUGACAGGGAGAGAAUGUAAUCCAAUUUCGACGAAAACCACCGAUACUUCGACGAUAUGUUUCAGUAAUGGUGCAGAAUAUGUAGACCCAGAUCCUGGUCAUUCAUUUGAAGCUGUUGAGCAUCAAGUUUUUGGUUCAAGUCAAAUCCCAACAAUGACUGGUUUUGUUGAACAAGCACUAACCAUGCCUGCUUCUAAUCUGUCAGAAACAGUAAUGAAAGGGUUCAGACCAGAAUCUGUUCCGGUAUUCGCUUCACUGGUACGUGAAUUCGCAGUUUUUGAUCGUUGGUUCUCGUCUAUUCCAGGACCAACACAGCCGAAUAGAUUGUUUGUUUACUCUGCAACUUCUCAUGGCGCAACAAGUCAUGUGAAGAGUCAGUUAGCAAAGGGGUUCCCACAGAAAACAAUCUUUGACUCAUUACAUGAAAACGGAAAGGAUUUUGGAAUUUACUUUCAAAACAUUCCGAAUACACUGUUCUAUAGGAAUUUGAGGAAAUUGAAGUACAUUUUUAAAUUUCAUCAGUUUGAGUUGAAGUUCAAGAAACAUGCAAGACAAGGGAAACUGCCUAGUUUAACUGUGAUUGAACCAAGAUACUUUGAUCUUAAAGGAAUACCUGCAAACGAUGACCAUCCUUCUCAUGAUGUUGCGCAUGGACAAAAGCUUGUGAAAGAAGUCUACGAGGCAUUGAGAUCAAGUCCUCAAUGGAAUGAAACUCUAUUGGUUAUCACUUAUGAUGAACAUGGAGGGUUCUAUGACCAUGUUACUACUCCAUAUGUGAAUGUUCCUAAUCCAGAUGGAAAUAUAGGUCCUGCGCCUUACUUCUUCAAGUUUGAUCGGUUAGGAGUUCGUGUACCGACAAUCAUGGUGUCUCCUUGGAUCAAGAAAGGAACCGUGAUCAGUGCACCAAAUGGACCAACACCAGACUCAGAGUUUGAGCACUCAUCCAUACCUGCCACAAUAAAGAAGAUGUUCAACCUUUCAUCCAACUUCUUGACUAACAGAGAUGCAUGGGCUGGGACAUUCGAGGAGGUCGUUGGAGAGCUAACAUCACCUAGAACUGAUUGUCCAGAGGUACUUCCAGAUGUGGCUCCUCUGAGGAGCACAGAAGCAAAUGAAGAUAGAGAAUUAUCUGGGUUUCAGAGUGAGGUAGUACAGCUGGCGGCUGUUCUCAACGGCGACCACUUAUUGAGCAGCUUCCCAGAUGAGAUAAGCAACAAGAUGAACGUAAAGGAAGCUCACACUUACGUGAACGAAGCUGUUUCGAGAUUCAUCAGAGCUAGUAAAGAGGCAAUAAAGUUGGGUGCAGAGGAGUCUGCUGUUGCAGACAUGAGGUCUUCUCUCACAACCAGACCCACCACCAUAAGUCAUCCCUGAUUAAACAUUAACACUCAAGAUCACACACUUCUGAAAGAAAGUAAAGUGUCCGCGAAAUGAUUUAUAGUUUUUAUUAGUUGAGUUUCUUACAUAUAGUGUUUCAUAUUAUACAAAUCCUUAGCAAGGCAAUGACAAUAGAGUAUUGUACUCAAGAACUUAUGAAUGAGAAAAUACAAUGAACUGGAACAAUCUUUCUUUGGGUAACCUGU